AGAUCUUCCUGAUGAACUUCUUAUUAAAAUAAUUAAACGUAUAGUGAUUUUAAAUCACAUGAUUAUAGUUUGUAAACGUUUUUACACUAUUAUAUCAGAUCAUCAAUUUAAAGCCGAUUGGAUUAUUUUUCGUUUUGGAAAAACACAUGCUCUUUUUUACGCAGUUAAUUUAGGACCUAGUUUUAUUAAUAUAAAAGUCGUUGAAGCUAUUAUUUGCAAGGGAGGAAAUUUUUCACGAUAUUUCAUACAAAGACUUCAUACUGUUGUUGGUUUUUUUGAUAAGGAUCUCUUAAAACAUAAAAUACGUCAUCGAACUGCUGCUAAUACUGCUGAAGAAGAACUAAAUUUAUUUCAAUUUCAAUGGG